CUAGUCAUAAUGUGUUUCAAAAGUAUACUCUAAUUGAGUAUCAAUUUCACUUUGUGCAGAAAAAUAAAAGCGAAUCAUCCCCAUGAAUAAUAAACAGUAGACUAUCCUCAAGAUGGCUGACGAUGUCUACAGUUCUGAUGAAAAUGAAGAAAAUUAUGUGUUUUACAGGGAUCGCGAGGAGUGGAAGGAUGUGACUCCGGUCCCGCAGGAGGAAGGACCUCACCCCGUGGUGCAGAUAGCGUACUCCGACAGAUUCAAAGAUGUGUUUGACUACUUCCGUGCUGUCCUGAAGGCAGACGAGCGCAGUGAGCGAGCCUUCAGCCUAACCAAGGAUGCCAUCGGCCUCAACGCUGCCAACUACACUGUAUGGCACUACAGAAGACUGCUGCUGCAGGAUCUGAAGAAAGACCUGUGGGAGGAGAUGAAGUUUGUCAAGGAUGUCAUCGAGGACCAACCUAAGAACUACCAAGUCUGGCACCACAGGCGGGUACUGGUAGAGUGGCUGAAGGAUGCCUCCAAGGAGAUGCAGUUUACCGAGGAGAUUCUCAACAUGGAUGCCAAAAACUAUCACUGCUGGCAGCACAGACAGUGGUGCAUUAGGGAGUUUAAACUGUGGGAUGGAGAGCUGGAUUUUGUAAACAACCUUCUCUGUGAAGAUCUUCGGAACAAUUCAGCUUGGAACCAGCGCUUCUAUGUCAUCAAUAACUCCACUGGCAUAACUCCAGAGCUUCUGGACAUGGAGGUCAGUUACACAAUUCAGAUGAUCAAGAGAGCUCCAAAUAAUGAGAGUGCCUGGAACUAUCUGAAAGGGAUCCUGAUGGCGGCUGGUGCAGAGAUCAGCUCCUACCCAAAGCUGAUGGACACCUGUCAGGAGCUGCGUGCGUCAGGGGUGCACACCCCGUACCUGCUGGCCUUCCUACUGGACUGCCAUGAGGAGAUGUUAGAGACAGGGUCAGGGGUCAAAGAAGACAACCUAGAUAAGGCUGUACAGUUGUGUAAUCAGCUUGCUCAAGAGGAAGACACAAUCCGCAAAGAGUACUGGAACUACUGCAGAAGAUCCCUGCAGCUGAAGUAUGGCACUGCAGAGGAGACAUUAUAAUGGGUACAUGUGCUGCUGCAGUAAGACCCUGCAGCACGUGAAACUGCAGCAGUAGAGCAGCGUUAUGGAUACGUUAUCACAGUACUGCGUCUAGAAUAGGAUACUGCAUCAGAGAGAAAGAUAACUUGUAAACUUAACAUGUGAAUGUGCUUUGUAUUAAAUGCAGUUGCUAAAUGUGCAAUGUUGACAUCGUUUAAUGAAAUCUGUACAUGUUUGGUUUUUAAUAGAGUAGAAAUGUAUAAAGCACAUUAGAUGAAUUUAGUUUUUUCUUUGCUAUGCUAUGGAUUAUAUUUUUGUUUUUCCAAACUUCGUAAAAUUAGUUUGAAAUAGUCUUGAUAGGCAUAGUGUUUAUGUUGUUUAGUCCCGAUUACUGUACCAUAGCUCUCAUUCCAUAGUCGUGAUGUCAAGUUUUCUAUCGAGCAAAAAAGUGAAGCAUACAAGUUCCGAGUACUUAAAAUUAGCUUUAUUUGAAGUCCAUGAGAAUAAAUAAGUUGUAAGAA